AUGUCAAUGGCGGCCGCUCAGCUGGCAGUGGUCACGCCCGGCCUUUCCGGCGUGACGGGCUCUGUCCGACCUGGUGACUCAGGGCCUCGAGGAGAGUUCUGGAACGCCUGCAUCCAAGCGGCGAGGUUUCUCUGUGGCCUGGCCUCAGAGUCCCAGAACAUCGCUUCUGGUGUGUGUUCUAAAACCAAGCCCUUAAUGACAGAAUUCUCGGUGAAGUCCACCAUCAUUUCCCGUUACGCCUUCACCACGGUCUCCUGUAGAAUGCUGAAUAGAGCUUCUGAGGACCAGGAGAUUGAGUUUCAGAUGAAGGUUCCGGCUGCGGCAUUCAUCACCAACUUCACUAUGCUCAUCGGAGACAAGGUGUAUCAGGGAGAAAUUAGAGAGAGAGAAAAGAGAACUGGUGAUAAAGUCAAAGAGAAAAGGAAUAAAACCUCAGAAGACGACGGGGAAAAGGGGACUGAAACGUUCAGAGCCUCUGUCGUGAUUCCCAGCAAGGACAAAGCUGCCUUCCUCCUCAGUUACGAAGAACUCUUGCAGAGGCGGCUGGGGAAGUAUGAACACGUUAUUAGCGUGCGGCCCCAGCAGCUGGUGGGGAGGCUGACGGUGGAAGUGAAUGUUCUGGAGAGGUCCGGCAUCACAUCGCUGGAGGUGCUGCGGUUACAGCACAGUAGGCAGAAGGGCAGCGUGAGGGGGGAAGGUGAUUCUGAGCUGCCUCCUUCCACUGUUAUCAACCAAAAUGACACUUUUGCCAAAAUCAUUUUUAAGCCUAGCGUGGUACAACAAGCCAAGAUUGCCCAGAAUGGCAUUUUGGGAGAUUUCAUCGUUAGGUAUGAUGUCAACAGGGAGCCGAGCAUUGGGGACAUCCAGGUUCUAAAUGGCUAUUUUGUGCACUACUUUGCCCCCAAAGACCUGCCUCCUUUACCCAAGAACGUGGUAUUUGUGCUGGACAGCAGUGCCUCCAUGGUGGGAACCAAGCUCCGGCAGACCAAGGAUGCCCUGUUCACGAUUCUCCACGACCUCCGACCCCAGGAUCAUUUCAAUAUCAUCGGCUUUUCCAACCGCAUCAAAGUGUGGAAAGACCAUCUGGUGUCAGUUACCCCCGACAACGUCCGCGACGGCAAAGUGUAUAUCCACCACAUGUCGCCCAGCGGAGGCACGGACAUCAACGGGGCGCUGCAGAGGGCCAUCAGGCUGCUCACUGACUACGUGGCUCACGACGACGUCGGAGACCGCAGCGUGUCCCUCGUCAUCUUCCUGACCGACGGGAAACCCACCGUCGGGGAGACCCACACCCUCAGGAUCCUCAACAACACCAGGGAGGCCGCCCGGGGCCAGAUCUGCAUCUUUACCAUCGGCAUCGGGAACGACGUGGACUUCAAGCUGCUGGAGAAACUGUCGCUGGAGAACUGCGGCCUCACCCGGCACGUUCUCGAGGAGGACGACGCGGGCUCACAGCUCGUCGGGUUCUAUGACGAGAUCCGGACCCCUCUGCUGUCCGACAUCCGCAUCGAUUACCCCCCCGCCGCGGUGGAGCGCGUCACCAGGACCCUGUUCCCCAACUACUUCAACGGCUCGGAGAUCGUCAUCGCCGGGAAGCUGGCCCACAGGACGGUGGAGCGGUUGCACGUGGAAGUCACGGCCAGCAACAGCAAGAAGUUUGUCGUCCUGAAGGCGGACGUGCCCGUGGAGCCCCCGGAGGUGGGGAACGACGUGGAGCCCCCGGAGGUGGGGAACGACGUGGCGGGAAGCGCCAGGCCCGAGGGCGGUGGCUACGGGGACCCCAACCACGUGCAGCGGCUCUGGAGCUACCUGAGCACGAAGGAGCUGCUGAGCGCCUGGCUGCACAGCAGCGACGAGCGGGACAAGGAGCGGCUGAGGCAGAAGGCGCAGGCACUGGCCGUGGCCUCCCGCUUCCUCACCCCGGUCACGUCCAUGCACUUGAAGAGGUCGGGGCUGCAGACGGACAAGCCGGAGGACGCACAGAGCAUGUCCGCGGCCACAGGCCCCGAACCCGUGAUGCAGAGUCUGCGAGGCGCCAGCCCGCAGCCAGGACCUGCUCUCAAGAAACCAUACACCCCAAGAAUUAAAGUCUCCAAAACAUCAGUGGAUGGAGACCCCCAUUUUGUCGUGGAUUUCCCCCUGAGCAAUCUCACCGUCUGCUUCAACAUCGACGGGCAGCCGGGGGACAUCCUGAGGCUCGUCUCUGAUCACGCGGAUUCUGGCGUGACGGUGAACGGGGAGCUGAUCGGGGCGCCGGCUCCCCCAGGCGGCCACAAGAAGCAGCGCACUUACUUCCGCACCAUCACCAUCCUCGCCAACAAGCCCGAGCGGUCGUAUCUGGAGAUCACUCCGAGCAGAGUCAUCCUGGACGGUGGGGACAGGCUGGUCCUCCCGUGCAACCGGAGCGCGGUGGUGGGGCGCCGCGGGCUGGAGGUGUCGGUGUCCGCCAACGCCAACGUCACCGUCACCAUCCAGGGCACCAUUGCCUUCGUCGUCCUCAUUCACCUGUACAAAAAGCCGGCCCCCUACCAGCGGGACCACCUGGGCUUCUACAUCUCCAGCAGCAGAGGCCUGUCCAGCAGCUGCCACGGACUGUUAGGUGGGCGGCCGCCCUCACGCCGGGUCGAGCGUAGACGUCAGGUUCCCAGAGCGAAGCUCCUGUUGCCCGUGCCUUUAGCUUGA